GGGCAGAAAGAUGAGUAUAAAAGCUUUGCCGUAAAGUAUUAGGAAAUAUUCCCUGGUGAGGAAAUACUGAGAGAUAUUACCAAAACUUCCAUCUAACUUUCACGACAGGCAGAUAAACAAGCCGCAGGAUGAGGAGCCUCCUCAGGUGUCUGGCACUCUGUGCCGCCGUAUCGCUCUGCGUCUGCUACGAGUCUCAUGAAAGCGCAGAAUCCGUUGAAGAUUUGUUUGUGCCUCCAAAUCGAGCCAACUCCUUCAUCACGCCGCAGCAGAGAGUCAACGUGUACAACCCGCCCAGAGGGUCCGGCCUCAGCUCCUACCACCUGGCGAGGACAAUAAAGUCCCCCGCCGAGCGGCGCGCAGAGACCUGCGAGGACUACUCCCCCUGCCGCUUCUACGCCUACCGCCACGGCUACCAGCAGGCCUACCAGAGAUACUUCGGAGCCCGGAACCAGCCGACUCUGGCCCGUCGAUAUUAACGCCUCCAAGUCCAAAGCUAAAAUCUCCCAGGAGCCCGUUUGCAUCCCCAUGUUGGGCCCAGUUCUUGUGUAAUCUCAGGAGGACUUCUAUCUGCUAUCGUCACACCUUUCCAGAUCAUUCUAAGCUUUGAAUGAAGCGUUUGGCCGCUUCUCCACUAACCGUCUCCUCUCCUCUCGCUGCUGUCAGUGAUUAUCUCCACUGCUUUGAGAAAUAAUAAAACAGAGGAAAACUCACAUUACUGGCUUUGGUCUUAAUCCUGUUAUUUGCUCCGUGGGUUUGUGCAAACAUUUGCAUGAUGAUGCUUUUUGAGUUAUUUUUUUUGGGGGGGGGGAGGGGGGAAACUGCUCAGAGUGAAAUCUUGCGCACAGCCAUGUGUAUUUUAAAGGCAGUAAAAAUAAUGACUUUGUGUUUGUUGUUGCAGCGCAGGAAGGAUUCAUCAAGCCGCGGGAUAAAUCCACGUUUGUGAAAAGAUUGACAGUUCUGCUGCAGCGAUGGGGGAGUUUUAUGUAUUUUAAUGCCUUUCAAAUAUACAGUUGGUGGUAUUUUCACCCGUUAAUGUACAUUUUAUCUGAUGUAUUCUCAUAUUGUCAUAUUGCCUUCAUUUUUAUUAGUGUGUGUUUGAAAAUGGCUUCUGUAAUAUCCUCAUAUUUUGACACGAGCGUGUUGCUUCAUGCCGUUUUGUUUAUUAUCUCACUCCUUUGUUGAAUUAUUAAUGUGAAUAGCUCUCAUGCUUCUUUCAAAACAGCGGUGUAGCGGCGAGCACUUUGUUUCAGACUGAAAAUAUUCCCAGUUUGAAUCCGGCUGAGGUGGAAAGAAUUCCUAUUUGAAUGUUUGUCAUGUGUGUUCAUGUGUUUUCUGACUUUACAGUACCAGUCGAUGUAAAAUUGUAAAAAAUAAUCUCAGCUAAUAGAAAGUAUCAAAACGCACAUCUCAGUUCCAAACAUGGUGUUGUUGCCGUUCAUCAUCAGGUUUCAGUCUUCAACACGGUGAUCUGGAGCUCCAGCAUGUGAGCAAAGCCACAACCGAAGCAUUGAUAUUCCAGCAUCGAUCCAAAAACAGACAUAAGUGGUAUCGAUCAGCCGUCACUGAGCAGCAGAACAUUUCUCACUCAUCCAGCUGCAGCAGCAGAAACAGAGUCCGAUGAACCGUCCUGAGUGUUUCAGCCCAUUAAUAAUCAGUUUUAUUGGUUUGAGGGAUUUAAUUAUCAGCGUUUAUGUUUCGUGUGAGUUACACACAUCUAAUAAAAGCCUCUUCGUUUAAUGAAUGCAACAGCGUUUAGCUGUAGUUAGAACUAUUGUUGCCUUGCAGAACCCGACAAGAUGAUCUGAUUGAUUUUAAACCUCCAUCAACUUUAUUCCCUCUUACCUUGAAAACCAUUAAUACAUGACCUGUUUUGUUUAAUUGCAUUUUGAAAUGUUUUGAGUGCAGUCUUUACUUUUCUCUGUUUUCUUGCUGUGCAUUAUUUGUCUAUGACAUUGUGUACUUUGCAGCAAUAGUUCUCAAAAGCUAUGUUUUUGGAGUGUGGCUCCAUCAGAGAGCAAAGCAUUAAACUCUUAUUUUAGGGAACCA